AUGAGUCAGGUAGAAUUUGCGGCAGAUAUAAAUGUGAUAUAUAAUUCUAUCAAAUCGCGACGGACAGAUGUGACGAACGACGAACAGAUUUUGAUCGACAUUUCCGAACUCGAUAUUCUGAGUUUCUGGAAACUUAUGACAUCGGAAAAUACCGAAACUCCAGAAUAUUCCAGGGCUCCACUCGAAUCUUAUCUUGAAACGAAUUUGGAUUCAGCGAAAGUAGCACGGUUCGCCAAGCCUAAGUAAUUAUUGUUGGAAGCAUGAUUGAAAGAAAAACAAAGUGUGGAC